AUGAGUAGGCAGCCCGCGAAACUCAAGCCUAGUGAGAUGACAAAGGGCGAGCUAAAGCAAGAUGCUGCAAGAGAGAAAGCGGAAAGCUCUAAAGAUGUUAAAAAGGAUCGUCCGCGCGUUUUAACCGAAUUAAGAAAUGAUAUUUCGUUAAAUCAGGAUUUUAUUAAUGUUCAAAAUAUAGAAAAAGCUACAAUACAGAGAAUUGAAAAUGAGAUUAAAGAAGCUGCGAACUCAAACCGUACAACAAACAGUUUAAUUCUCAAUUCAAUCAUAGAACUUAAGCGAAACCUCAAAAAUAUAAAAUCUGAAAUCAAGAGCGUUGAACAAUCAAUCGAAAAUGCCAAAAAAGAGCACGAAAAAACCACAACUGAAUUAACAAACGAAUUCAAUGCAAAGAAAGAGGUUAUUUUGAAAGAAACUCGUGAAGUCGAUGAACAGCUAGUUCAUUACGCCGAGUGGCAACGCCAAGCUGACUCCUUCAAGACACAUCUUUCAGAACUUAAGUCAAAAAUCCACCAGAAUCGUGUUAAUUGCAGCGAAAACGUAGCAUAUUACAGACGUGUUUCUCAAGUUAAGAUUGAAAAGCACCGCGUUGAUCUAGCCGAAGCAAUUAGAAAAGCUAGAGCAGAAUCCUUAAGACUUAGAUCUGAUGACAUUAGUCCACAGUCAACUACAUUCCUUACACAAUCUGAGCAGCAGGUUCAAAACCUUACUCAACAACUUGAAUCAUCUCAACAUUUGGCAGAAGUCAAUGAAACAAUUGAGGAAGAUAAUAUGUCAAUGCAACAGGAAAUAUCAAGAUUACAGAAGAAGACAGAUAGGCUUCGCGAUCAAGAAGAAAAACAAUUAAACGUUAUUGCCAAAUUGAAAGCCAUUAAGAAGGAAUUUGAAGAGAAAGAAAAAGCAGAAGCUCAAGAAAAGCUCAGACGUGAACAAGAAAGAAAGAUGGAACAGCAAAGAAUCGAAGCAAUCGAAGAAGCCAAAAGAAACAUGCCGCCAAAGCCCGAAUUUAAGAUGUCCCAAGACCAGGAAGCUUUCUUGACCUUCUUGAAUGAAUGCGCAACAACAGUUCGAUCAGUUCUUAAACAAUUAUUAGGUAAUUCAGAAAAGAUUGAAGUUACUCCUAAGGAUGAUAGAUUUGAAGCACCAAAACUUACAGCAAUGAUUGCAGAAAUCAAAGAAAUGACAAGCAAAUUGGAUUCUGCUCCAAAAUCUUCAUUCAAAGAAAAAAGACCAAUUCUUACACCAGCUGCUGCUUACUUUGCUUUCUCAGCGCCAUUUGAUGAUGCUGAUGAUUACAUUAAAUCAGAAAACUGGUCAUUCUCCAAAUAUGAGCCAAUUAAACAGACAACAACAACUAAGAAGGCUCAGCCAAAGAUUGUCAGGAUCAAGACAGGUAACAAAACACCUCUUUAA